UAUUGAUUUUCAAAGCGGACGGAAAAUCCAAUGUUCUAUAUUUGGAUGAGCAACGAUUGAUUAGAUCGUGUCGCACGCCAGCGGAAUGACUGAAAAUGAUAUAACACCUUUAAGGACUAACUGUUAAUGUAUUAUAAAAGGUAACUUUAAACAACCAACAAUAUGGAGAAGUCGCAACACUUUCAUAGAGCAGUUGAACUAAAUUUUUCUGUCGGCUCAGAAUGUCUGCGUUCGCUAGUACAAAAAUACCUUAGAGACAAAGGGGUAACAUUAGUACAACACAUUCAAGAGCCUCAUGUCAGACAAUGUCUUGGACAGUUGAAAUUGUUUCCAGAUCAAAAACAGAUCUUAAAUGGUCCAGAUCCGCAACUGAAUGCUAUGGAUGUAUCUUUAAUUAUAAUUUUACUUCUCUAUACAUUCCCUGGACAAUUGACAGCAGCAGACAAGUCCUUUGUGGAGGGACUACGUGAAAAACGGAACGAAUUGUCACAUCAACCUAGAGCAGAACUCAAUGAUGAUACCCUGUUCAAAGAGUCAUGUCACUUUAUACUUCAAAUCUCUAAAUCUAUCGAUUCAACAUACAAAAAGAACGUUGUCAAACAAAUAAAUGAAUUGCGAAGGCGGGAACUUGUUAACACGUACAGCAGUUUAGACAGGAUACUUAUUAAUAAUGACGUAUACAUUUUAAAGUUAGUAGAAGGCUGUUGUACAGAACAAGGGGACAAGGAUAAUGAGCUGCUGAUUAAAUUUGGCCUCACAAAAUGGAUUAAGCAACUAUGUCGAGGGAUAGACGCAGCGGAAUUUUUAAAUACUUUGAAAAGUCAGAACAUUAUAAGCAACCAAGAGAAAAGAGAAUUUGAACAAGAGUACUCAAACGGGGGACAAAUAAGGCGUCUAGUUCUUUACAUGGUGAAUUGUGCCAGUAAAGACAAUCUGUACAAAAUGUGUCGAUGUUUGAGACAGGUUUCACCUCAACUUGCAGAUAUUGUCGAAAACUCUGAGUGUGACGGUCAAGAAAUUGAGCGGUACUUGAACAUGGAGGCAAAAGAAAAUGUUAGAAAAGUUUUACAAAAAGCUUUGAAAAUCUCUGUAACGAAUGUAUUCCAACAGAAGAAGUUCACAUUUACGUAGAGGAAACCGUUGGAGAUUUGGUCAACUUCGAAAUUGUAAAGGAUUGUUUACUAAUCGAGUUUCCUUUUGUACAUUACACGUCUCCUGACUGUAGCUUCAGCGGAGUGACAUGGAAAAGAAAUUUAACGACAGAAAUUGCAGUAAGCGAAACAGGUAAGUUCUAUUGAUGGGUUUAUUCAUUUCUUGUUCUUUAUAUGUCAUAGAUUUAUUUGUAAAAUAGAAAUGAUGCAUGUCGU